ACAUAAAUUUUAGAUAUAAAUACAUAUAUAAUUUAGUUAGGUACAUACGUGUUAUUUAAUAUAUUGUUAUCAGUUAUUCUUAUCAGUGGUUAUGAAAUGAGGUGAGGUUUCCUUUGUUUGACAUUGAAAGAAACAUUAGAUAAUAUUUAUCACUUCCAACUGUACUCCAACCAAGCGUAGUAAAGUAUUUAAAACGAAUUAUUUAAUCACCACUGACUAAAUUGACUUCAGUUAGUAUAGAGGUCAAACCGACAACAGAAAUUUUGUAUUUUAAAUAAAAUGAAGUUCUGUGCAAAUCUUAGUUUUAUGUUUACUGAAGGUAAAACCUUAUUGGAACGGUAUAUUUUGGCAAAAGAUGCUGGUUUCAAGGCUGUGGAAUCAGGGUUCCCAUUCGAAUAUUCUUUAAGCGAAGUGAAACAAGCAAAAGAAAAUGCUGGCCUUCAGCAAGUCUUGAUUAAUAUCAAAACAGGAGACCUUUCGAAGGGAGAGUUAGGAGUUACAGCAGUUCCAGGCAUGGAAUCCAAAUUCAAAGAUAUGUUGAAAGAAACAAUAGAGUAUGCUUUAGCUCUGGAUGCUAAAAAAGUGCAUAUAAUGGCUGGGAAGCUUGACAAUGUAAAUCUUAGCAACUGGGAGACAUAUGAGAACAAUUUGAAAUAUGCUGCAGGAGAACUGGCUAGGGUCAAUCUGUUGGGAGUCAUAGAACCAAUCAAUCAACAUUCUGUGCCUCAGUACUUUAUGAGUGAUUUUGGAAAAGCUGUGGAAAUAAUAAAGAGGAUCAAUAGUCCUCAUUUGAAGCUUCAGCUCGACAUAUUCCACUUGCAACAUAUUUGUGGAGAUCUCUCAUACAAUAUCAAGAACUUAAUGCCAUAUGUUGGGCAUGUUCAGAUAGCACAAGUACCCAACCGUAACGAACCUGACACUGCAGGAGAAAUAGAUUAUCAGUACAUCCUACAGUUACUCAAGGCCAGUGGCUAUAAUGACUGGGUGGGACUUGAGUACAAACCCAAGGGAAACACCAAGGAAGGACUGCAGUGGAUCUGGAACUAUGGGUACAGUCUGUGAUUUAUCACUUUAUUAUAAAACAUAUAUUAGGAAUAUUUUUAAUGUAUUUAUUAAUUAUCUGUAUAUAUAUGUGAAUUUUUAUAAUGAAAAAUAAAUUUAUUUGUUUAAAUUUAAUUGUGGAUACUUUAAGGUUUUUCAUGAAGCCGGAUUCGCCGACCCUAAUCAUGACGUAUACGAAAGGCUUAUAUAAGUUCUCUAUACGCUCAAAUGAAGUAAGGCAUAACUCUGCAUACAACAUACUUUCACUUUCAUUUCUCUACUUUGCCAAAUUGGAUUAAAAUUAAAUGUAUUAUUUGAAAACGACAUUGUAUGACACUUUUACGUACUAGGUAGUCUUAUAAUAUUGAGUUACCCAGCACCUUAUUUAGUACAUGAUAGUUUUAUGGGCCUGUAUGACCAUGACUCUGAAUCGAGUCUUAUAUGUAUAAAUAUAUUUUGCAGCGCUAAAUACUCGAUUGAUAUCAGUUUAGGAUAUUUUAAUGUCUCAUUGUUGAGUUCCAGUGAGCGUCUCUUUGAUUGUUUGAUGUAUAGUCAAAAGCAUAAUAUUAUAUUCUUCUUUAAAUAUUCUUAUAGUAAUAUUUUUUAUUAAGUAUAUGUAUAAAUAUAUAGGUAUAUAAUUCUUCUCUAUAAUUUUUCUUACUCUACUAUAAUCUUACUUUAUUCUAACCGGUUUACGAUUAAAAUAAAAUGUCAGCCGCUUUUCCUCCGUAUUUUACAUACGUUGAUAAGAAAUUGGGACAGUUUUUUGCAGAUUCAAUUAUUGCACAGUCAGACACUCUAAAAUAAUUGUCUUUAACUGGUACAUACAGUCGCCGAUACCGGCUUUUCUUGAGAUUACCAAAAUAAUGUUUUUUCUCAGUUGAGUUCACGAGUUGUCGAAGUAUUUCUAUACUUCCGAAAACCGUCGAGACCUUGAACGAUCUAGACGAUUGAACUUCCUGCAAAGUAAGUACCUUACCGUGACCAAUCUUGCUUGUGCCAAUCUACAAUGGAAGAAGGACGUGGUUUAUUGAUACAACUGUAUAUUUGUGACUGUGUUUAUUUUCCUUGAGAAUCAUAAAUCAUAAAAGUUACAUAUAUAUUCAA